AUGUCAUACCUGAGUGCCGAUCAAAUUCAAGGAAUAUUAACAAACCUAGCCUCUGAGUACGACCAACUUCUUGAAAACAGAACGAAGCUCCAGAAUGACUGCACAAAACUUCGCGAAUUUAUCGAUUCCCAAAUUCAACAAAUUCAAAACCUCAACUCUGAUUUCGAAAAAUUACGUGCUGAAUAUAUGCAACACCAGGAAGAAUUUGCAGCCCAAGAAAUACAUGCUGCCCAAAGACAACAACCGGCUCCUGAAACAGAAAAGCCUCAAUCACCAAUGGAGGAAGACCAGCAAGAUUGGAAGGCCACCCCACUACCAGGCUCCGAGAAAUGUCCUGUUUACAUAUCUCUUGUUGCUGAAAUUGUUGAUUUUUCAAUCAUCUGCGCGACAGCCUAUUCUCCUGAUGGAACCUGCUUAGCUAUCGGAUCAAAUGCAAUGAGAAUUUACAAUACCGAAAACGAUAAAUUUAUCCUUCAAUUUCAAAUUGAAGGCGAUAGCAGCCAGCCAAACUUCAUCCGUUCCAUUGCAUGGACACCCCAUGGCAAUCAGUUAAUUUGUGGUGGCGAAGACCGCAAGCUUCGCGUUUUUGAACUCACAGAAGGUCAAGAAGAAAAUGCAACCCCAAUCAGAACAAUUGAUUCCGAAGCAAGCAUAUUCCAAAUUAAAUUCAUAUCCGACGGUAAGUACUUUGUUACAGCAGCAGGCGAUGGUUCCCUCUGUCUUUGGGAUGCUCUUACAUACUCCAAGCUUUGGACUCAUAAGAGAAUCGUAGAAAAUGUUGUUGCUGCUUCUUUAGCAGUUUCUACAGAUAACAAACUCGUCGCGGUCGGUUAUGAUGAUAAAAACGUAUGUAUUUUCGAUAUAGACCAAAGAAAACUCUUACUUACUUCAGAAUGCCAUGCCGCUGGUGUUUACGCUAUAGUAUUUAUACCAAAUACACACCGUUUGAUCACUUCCUCCUUAGAUGCAUCAAUCAAGAUUUGGGACAUCGUCGAAACAGGUGGAAAUUACGAAAUGAAGCUUCUUAAUACAAUUAAACAGCACACAGACUACGUCUUGGCUGUUGCCGUUGAUCCAACUGGUAAAUGGUUGUUAUCCGGUUCAAAGGAUAUGACAAUGAAGCUUAUCAACCUUGAAAUGGGUCAGGCUCUUUAUAGUAUCAAGAGCCACUCCAAUUCAAUCAUUUCUUGUGAUUUUAAUCCAACAUCUUUGGCAUUUUGCUCUGGAUCUGGAGAUAAAACAGUUAAGAUCUGGAACAUUUCACCACCAGAUGCUGUUGAGUAA